AGGGAGCGAAUGUGUGUGUGUUGUCGGGAAUGUAGAGCACAUUGAAGUCAUAUUGUGUUUGAUUUGUUGGCAAUAAUUGGCAUUUAUAUGCAAUUGUAUGGAAAGCCAGUCAAACAUAACAUUUGAUUUGAUUAGUGAUACAAACGACUGUUUUUUAUGUAAACUAAUUGUACGCCAUUUGGCACUCAUUUGGACAAUACGUUCAAUAAAUUCAAUAAAUAUAUACCACAAGACAUUCACUGAAUUAUCACCGAAGAAGACAAACACUUGACAUCACAACUAUUGUUUAAUUAUUAUUUUUUAUCACUUGAUUAAACAAUAUUAUUAUUUGAGGCCAUAAGUGGUCGACAAUUAUUUACUAAUUUUUUAUAGUGAAGGACAAGACCUUUGAUAUCACGAUUGAUAUUGAAUUGGUAUUAAUCGGUGACAGCGAUGAUGGCCGACAAUAAGGCAAAAGACGAUUUGGACAGCGAAUUGGCCGCCAAUCUUACGAGACUUAAUGUUAUGGCUCCAGUCUUUGUGCCUUCUUUUCAAAUCCCACAGCAAAACAACGCCAACUCAUCUAACGCCUCGCCGACGGACAACGGUAUAGACUUAACGUCCACUAACGACAAGACCACCACUAAGACAAACUCUGUGUCCGUUAAUAAUAAUAAAAUUGACAACAAAGAGGAGGAAGUGGUCGACGACUGGGAGGCAAACGCAGACGAUGACGAAGAAGAUGUCGACAAUGAAGACUAUGAUGAAGAUGAAGAACCCAUGGAUGACGAAUCGGGAGAUACAUCUGAUAAGCCGAAAGUUCAAAAAGGAAGGAAACCUAAGAAAAAAGUCCACAAAGAGUUGGUUAGCGAUGAAAGCAAUAAGAAGAAUCACAUGAAUAUGGUAUUCAUUGGUCACGUAGACGCCGGCAAAUCGACAAUUGGAGGACAAUUACUUUAUUUGACUGGAAUGGUUGAUAAACGUACACUUGAAAAGUAUGAACGGGAGGCCAAAGAGAAAAACAGAGAGUCGUGGUAUUUGUCGUGGGCUUUGGAUACCAAUCAAGAGGAACGAGAUAAAGGAAAGACUGUUGAAGUGGGCAGAGCUUACUUUGAAACAAAAAACAGACAUUUCACUUUAUUGGACGCACCCGGUCAUCGAGGAUUUGUGCCGAACAUGAUCGGUGGUGCGUGUCAGGCCGACCUGGCUGUUCUGGUCAUAUCCGCCCGUAAAGGAGAAUUCGAAACCGGCUUCGAGAGAGGCGGCCAAACAAGAGAACACGCUAUGCUCGCCAAGACUGCCGGCGUCAAACAUCUUAUAGUUUUGAUCAAUAAGAUGGACGAUAUGACAGUAGAAUGGAGUGAAUCCCGUUAUAAUGAAUGUUGUGAGAAAUUGCUUCCAUAUCUCAAAAAGUGUGGCUUUAAUCCCAAAACGGAAAUUUAUUUUAUGCCGUGUUCUGGUCUUACGGGGGCUUUCCUUAAAGAACCUGUCAAUGAAUCGACGUGUUCGUGGUUUAGAGGUCCAUCGUUUUUGGAUUACAUUGAUUCGUUACCGAUGUUUACACGACAAGUGGACGGACCCUUUAGGAUGCCUGUAGUUGAUAAAUAUAAAGAAAUGGGAACAGUUGUAUUUGGAAAAGUAGAAAGUGGUUGUACUCGAAGAGGCGCUCAAUUAUUACUAAUGCCUAAUAGAAAACAAGUAGAAGUUUUGCAGCUUUGGAACGAUGAAGUAGAAGUAUCACAAGUUAGUUCCGGAGAGAACGUGAAAAUCAAAUUAAAAGGCGUUGAAGAGGAAGAUGUGACCGCAGGCUUUGUCUUAUGUGAUGCUUCAGCGCCCUGUAAUGUCGGCCGAAUAUUUGACGCACAGGUGGCUAUACUGGAACACAAAUCUAUUAUAUGUCCCGGUUAUUCGGCUGUCCUCCAUAUCCACUGUGCAAUUGAAGAAAUAACUGUUAAAAAUAUUGUUGAUUUAUUCGACAAAAAAACAGGAAAACGAAUGAAGAUACACCCGAGGUUUGUCAAACAAGAUCAGGUGGCACUCAUGCGUUUGGAGUGCUUAGGAGGAAGUGUCUGUAUGGAACCAUUCUCACAAUUUCCACAAAUGGGAAGAUUUACGCUCAGAGACGAAGGAAAGACUAUUGCCAUCGGAAAAGUGAUACGAGUUGUUGAAUGACUAGGAAAGAGGCCAUUGUGUGACUUAUCUGUUCAGAACUCCGCUCACCUGAGCAUCAAAAAGGAUAGAAAGUGUUAAACCAAUUAAACAAUAAAAAGAACUGAAAAAAUGUUUUUUAAAAAAGUCGUCUUUUAUUGAGAAAGAAAUGGAUUUCAAUUGUAUUUCCAUUUGUCAGACAAAUCUACAAAAAAAGCUUAUAUGCAAAGUCACAAUCACAACGAUUGUACACAUAAUGAGCGC